AUGUCACGAAAAGAACUUAAUACUUGUUAUUUUUAUUCUUCUUUAUCUCCAUUCUCGCCUAUUGAAAGUUCCUCAGUCCAUAAAAAUUUUGAAGAAAAAACUGAAAAAUUUUCUCCGGCCUCUUCCCCAAAAGUUAAUAAUUAUUAUUAUGUUGAAACUGAUUCGCCAUUAAUUUCAACGCCACAAAUCAGUACACAAAAUAAUAAUAAUUUGUGUCAUCAUUCAUCACAAUCCAAACUCUUUUUUGACAACAAAUAUUUUGGCAACGUUAAUGAUCGUCAAAGAACAUUUUCUUAUGAUACAAAUAAUAACACAAUCUCACAUGACGAUUUAUCACAAAACACAACCAAUGACAUUUCAAAUAGCAAUGAAGAGAAUAGAAACAUCAAAGCGUUGGAAAAUGAUGCAUUGGAAAUGCUUAUUAGAUUGAGAGACAGCGAGAAUGAUGGCUCCGUUGAUAACGGAUACGAUGAAGAUGAUAAUCGAUUACACAAUAGUGAUGAUGAUGCUGCCGCAGAAAUGCUUGUUAGAUUGAAUAAUAGUAAUGUAGUUCAUAAUAAUAACAAACUAGGUAACGAGGAAGAAAUGGACAUUGGCAAUGAAAAUCAAGAAAACUAUAAGCAGAAUGAAUUAGGCUAUAGUGAUGAUGAUAUGGAGAUUAAUUCUAGAAUUGAAAUGAAAUCUGAUGUCGGAAUAAAUAAGAGUCAUCUAGAAAUAGACAAUCAUAAUGUAUUAGGAAAUAAGAAAAUAUUGUCAAAAAGUAAUAGAGGACUAACAAAUAACACAGGAAAACCAUUAUAUUCUUAUGCUUCGUUAAUUGGACAGGCAAUUUUGCAGUCACCAAGAAAAAAACUAAUCGUUAGUGACAUUUUUAAAUGGAUAUCAAAUACUUAUCCUUAUUAUUCAACAAUUAAAAGUUCAUCAUGGAAGACUUCGAUUCGUCACAACUUAUCAAAGCAUGAAAUGUUUAUUCGGGUAGAAAAUGAUAAUUCUUCAAGAGCAUGUUGGUCUGUUAAUCCUGAUUCAGAAAAUUGUUUCGUUGAUGGAGUAUUUCACCCGGAUAUGCUUCAGUACACAAAAAAAGCAAAAAGAAAAGAAAAGAAGUCGAAGGAUUAA